UGUUUAAUUCUUAGGAAACUUGUUAAGAAUCAGAGGAUAAGAUGUCUCAGUACACCCGGAAAGACCCUCCCUGGAGUCAUGGUGGUGCUGCAAGUUCUGGGCUAAAUCAGAUGUUUAUACAGCAGAACCAGUCAUUAUUAGGUGCCCAGCCUGGUGUAGUAGGUACCCCUACCACUGUCUAUGGUCAAUCUAUGGUGAGCAGUGCUGGGUUAGCAGGAGCUACAACAUUAUACUCUACUCCACAGCAAACCAUGCAACAAAGACAAAACAUUGUCAUACAACAGCAAAGUCAGCAGCCCCUCUUGAAAACCCCACAGGGAGGGAACAUGAUGCCCACACACAAUCAACCCCCAACCCCAGGCCUCCUGGGAAACCCACCCCCAUUGCUACAGCAACCUCCCCAGGGAGUGGUUCAACAACCAUCUUUGCUACAUGGAAACACUCAGGCAAUGCAGAAUCUAAUCGCUGAUAAAAAUGGAGACAAUAUAGAUGAUGACAAAGAUAUUGAAAUAGUUGCAUCUACUGACAUGGAUGUUGGGCAAAAUGGGAUAUCUUCCAAACCAGAAGAGCAUUCUUCUUCUCCAGAGUCUCAAUUAAGUGGACUUUCAUCUGAAUUAAUGCUCAAAAUGGGUCCUGUCCCACAACAUGGACCCUCAAAACGCACAUGGCUUAGAAAAUUACGGCGCAUGAGGAAAAAGUUAAACACAUCAGGGACAAAAUCAUCUAAACAGUCUGUUCAAUCCCCCCAAACCAAAUCUAAAGAUUCACGAUUUUCAAAGAGCCCCAAAGCUAGGCAUACAAAUCGUAUCCCAGUGGGUCAUACCAGGGCUGAAGACACAAGCAGUGGCAAGAUCAAGCACACAAAGCAAGACCAACACAAAUUGGGAGCUGUACAUAAUAAAAGGCCAUCUCAAUCCAUCCGACCCUCAUCCAGGGAUUCUCACUCAACUAAGAGGUUCAAAGCUGUGCCCUUGGACUCGAAAACUCAAAGUAGAGCUGAACUCCUAAACGUUGGCAAGACAGAACGCAAAACGCAACCCCAAGAUAAGUAUGAAUCAAUGUCUAAUAAAAAGCCACCUCAGUCCAGCCAAAGUACGUCUAGGGAUUCUCACUCGACAAAGAGGUCCACAACUUUGGAUUCUGUUCAUAAAACUCAAAGCAGACCUGAUCCUAAAUACUUUGGCGAGACAGUACGCAGAAAUCAAGGGCAAGAAAGAGAUGGGGCAAUAUCUAAUAAAAAGCCACUUCAGUCCAGCCAAAGUAUGUCUGGGGAUUUUCACUCGACAAAGAGGUCCACAACUUUGGAUUCUGUUCAUAAAACUCAAAGCAGACCUGAUCCUAAAUACUUUGGCGAGACAGUACGCAGAAAUCAAGGGCAAGAAAGAGAUGGGGCAAUAUCCAAUAAAAAGCCACCUCAAUUUAGCCAAAGUACGUCUAGGGGUUCUCAGGUGACGAAGAGGUCCACAGCUGAGCGUUCAGAAUCUGUCCCAAUGACAUGGGCUGAGAGUGAAGCCACAAGCAGUUCCCAAAAAGGGAUUGCUUUGUCUAAAACUGUAGUUCCAUCCAAACACUCAUCCCUUGCUGACAAGGUUAUAGGGAUUCACCAAAUUUCAGAAGAUUCAUUUGAAGAGAAUAUACAGAUUGAGACAUCUAGAUUACCAGUCAUUCCCCAUGCAUAUUCUUCUUCAUCUUCAUCAUCAAAAACAACUUCAUCAAAACUUCUACCUUCCCCCAUUGAAGGAAAUGAUAAUACCUGGUUUACUAGCCUCAAAAAAGGCUUGGAAACCCCCACUCUAUUGUCAAGUUCAUUUAAAGGGCAUAAACCCAUUACCACAUCCCAUUUACCUGUCAUGUCUGGGUUUGAUUCACAUUUUCAUCCAGACAUGAUUGGCUGGUUUAGUGAGAAGAGACCCACCCCUACCAUGGACCCAGAGCACCCUAUACAGUUAGUGGGAGGGAUCUUAAACUUCAGUGAUCCUGAGUAUUACAAGGACCUUAAUUUCAUGGAAAAGGUCUUAGAUGAACUACCAGAGAAAGGCACUUGGCGGUUUGCAGUUGGUGUCCACCCCAAAUUUGCCAGUGAAUUCACUGAGGAGCAUUUCGAUAGUAUGAUGUGCCACAUCAAUCAUCCUUUAGUGAUGGGUGUGAGUGAGAUAGGACUUGAUUUCACUGUGCCUCCAGAACGAUGGCCAGAUCAAGAAGCUCUCCUAAUCCGUGUUCUAAGUAUAGGCUUGUGUGGAAUGGUGCUCAAUCUCCAUUUACGGGGUACCUCUGAGGAUUUGGAAGGUAGGGCGGUGCACAACAUGGCUCGCCGUCUUCUCCAGAAACAUUGUCACAAGAUGCAACGGAUACAUCUCCAAUCCUUCAGUAGCGAUAUGUCCCAAGUGCAAAGCUGGAUCAGAAGCUUUCCACAUUGUUAUUUUGGCAUCACUGGCUUGGCCCAGUACUUCACCCCAGAGCAAGAGGAGGCAGUGAAGGCAAUUCCUCAAGACCGUCUGCUACUAGAGACAGACUCCCCUCAUUUUGCUCCCCACCCAGAAUUGGAUGCAAAUUAUCCAGCUUUCCUGGGAGAUGUGGGUGCAAUAGUUGCUGGUCUACGUGGAAUCCCCCUGCCAACUUUAAUGUCAUUGACUCUGACAAAUGCAAGACGACUUUAUGUGAGCAGAUAGACUGAUAUCACCAAUGGGAUGAGACUAUAUUUUUUAGUACUCUAAAUACCAUGGCGGGUGGUUACCGGGGUUAUCUACACUGAUUUUAAUUUGGUUUAAAUAAUAUGAAUAAAAGGCAUUUAUGUAGCGCCAUCUAUCUGGAAAUCGUCUAUUCUGAUGCACAUAUUCAUUAGUGUUGUUUAGGAAAAGCAGAAUAAAGAGAGAAAAAUCUUUAUGAAAGUUAAGUUAUAUGUAUCAAAGAAUAUCAGUGAUGAGCUCUCAAUUUUUAAUUUUUGAUGUCUUUUCAUCUUCAUAAGCCAUGUAAAAUAAAAUCCAUUAAAAAUGCCAUUUUCUAAUAGAAUGUUGAAAAUGAUUUGUGUGUAAAUCAGACAUGCUACUCAACACAAGCUUCUUUCAGAAGAUCAAUCAUCAAGAAUAAAAAAGGGGCAAUUUAUAGACAUUUUGUUCAAUUUGGGGCUGCUCACAGUGAAUUUCACUUUUGGGGACAAUUUAAAAAUCAGAAAUCUGUUCUUCAUAGGUUGCUUUUUUUGCUAAAACUUUUUACUGAGGAUAAUAUUUUUUUCAAACCAGCUCAAUAGUAUACUGUAGGAAAGAUGUACCCCUUUGAUAUCUCUUUGUGAAAAACCUGUAAAGAACAUAUUUGCUUAUCUAGCUCUCAUCCUAAGCCUAUGAUGAAAGCACAGUGAAAAAUGAAUUAUGCUAUAUACAGUGCAUUCCCCCAAAAAAUAUGUUUAGAUGAUAAAUUUGACAUCAUUUG